AUGAAAUUUUCCAAGACCGCCUACGAAAAUACCUAUUCGAUUUUUUUGUCUUUUCCUUUUGGUGUAACUAGAAGAGAAACAGAAACACAGCGUUUUUCUGGCGGUGGCGUUGGUGGUUUGAAAAAUCCAUUACGUUGCGCAGCGUUGCAUAUCGUAAGUUAUGCACCUCAAUCGGUAUCUUCGGGUCGACCUGGGCCUGUAGCCAGCCAGCAGGAGGAAACAAAAACGGGUUUCCAUUCGGUCGAUUUGGCCACGAAUAAUUGGAAAACGAUCGUUUUGUUUUGUUUUUAUCUUCUGUUCUCGGUUUCUACCACAGUUUUCCAUUUUUCGAACACAAAAGGCAGUACAAUGAAACACAUUUUUGGAGGAAAACCGCUGAUGGAUGCCAUGUGGAAGUUUCGGCCGUGUCGGUGA